AGUCGAGACGCGCGUGCGCUAUCGGCCGGUGGCUAAAUGGACCCCCCUCCUCCUCCUCCUCCGAGAGCAGCCUGAGUAGAAUGAUCUCUCGAAUCCAGCGUGAUCUAUUCCGUCCCAGCGUCCAGCCCGGUCAAGACGUGCCACGUGCAGGAGCCGAUGAACCUGGACUCCGAGUCGGUGCAUUCGAACAAACCGUCGAGACAUCGAGUGGAUCAGCCGCCCUGUGCGGUACCUUGCCGCAAACCCUCACCGCCCGCGCUCCUCUUGAGGUUUUCGAGCUCAUAAUCGAUGGAAUGGACCAGCCGACGCUCGCUGCCGCUGCGCCCGUAUGCACGGCAUGGUACCCUCGGGCGAUGUCCAACCUCUACAGCACCAUCCAGAUCUGCGACCGGACAAGCUACAACAUGCUAUUCAAGCAGUCUCGUUCAUCUCUUCGUCUCAAACACUGGCUCGCGACUACGCGUGAGCUGAUGAUCGAGGACGCCUAUUAUCACCGUCCCCACUUUCUCCACGCACUAUCGCUGACCAUGGGCCGCGCGAUGGCUGGGGUACGGACCCUUCAGCUUCGCUUCACACGUCCACUACGGCGCCCCGAUUUCUUCAGGGGUCUGUCGCAAUCUGAAUCCGUCAAUUCAUUGACCCUGACGAAUUGCAUGGCGCCCAACGUCUCAUUGCUUUCGCGGAUCAUUUGCGCCUUCCCUCAGCUCACAGAGAUGACCAUGCAGAACGUUGCAUGUUAUCCUUCCCGGAGCUACGCUACUCAUACGGGAGGCCCACACUUUCAGCCGCGGUCGGAGUCAAACAUACGCCUUCGACGUUUGAAUAUCAGCGCGGACGAAGGGCUCAUGAAGAGGUUUCUGGAGUGGCUUGUGCUGUCAGAAUUAUCCACCGAUCUGGGUGAUCUGACAGCAGAGCCGGAUGGCGAUGCUUCAGUGCAAAGUAUCAAUGAAUUCCUCAGAGCGGUGGGGUCGUCUCUGACACGGUACAAUGAACGCAGUUUUACAUGCUAUGGUCACAGCGACCUCACGCACAACACUUCCUUGCGGUCCUUAGGGUUUCCUCUGAUCAACAUCGGGUUCAGGCGCCUGUUGCCGGAUGACUGGUCCAGAGUGACAGACGAGUUACUCGGCAUCCUCACUACGGUCCGGAGCUGCCACCUUGAAUGCAUCACGAUCGUGGCAUGGUUCAACGUCAGCAAGGCUACUGACAAGGACUUGCGCAGCCGUGACGUCCUGAAGGGGCUCGAACUGCGAAACAUGCACGAAGUCGCGAACCAGAAAUACUUCGACAUGUUGAAGGAUGUCCAGAUUGAGAUACACCUGCGCGGCGUAGGUCACCGGGGAUAUAGAGAUCCAAACAGCAUUGGCCAAAGGAUUAGGGCCGUGUUUCGUGGUUUGCUGAGACCAUGGUUUGACCGCGGGAUAGUCGAGGUGUCCUGGGAUUAACAAGAGAAAGACUAGUGAUUUGUCAAUCUACAGGGCGAUAUAUGUGGAUUUGGAGGACGCAGUGGCCUUGGGUGUUCGAAUUGUAUCGGAAGUGCAUAUGCAAUUUCU